AUGGAACGAAUUUUGUACCUUUCUCUCUUUAUUUUAUGUACACUACAUGGUGUGCUUGAUGGAGCACAUUUCCGUGGCGGUAUUCUUUCAUGGCGUCCGUUAAACAAUACUGCGUCGGGUAGCACUGCACAAAUUCUCGUACAUCAAAGAUAUUUCUGGAAUCGAGAAUGGGGUAGUUUUUCUGUCCCUUAUUGUACGGAAGCAAAUGUCGCUGCUCAAACACCUAUUCCGGUCGGCGCUUAUAUGACCUGUUUAGCAAACUGCUCAAGUUCUAACUAUCCCUCAGGUGGACUUUCAGCCAAUAUGAUAACUACAGAUUGUGAUUCAAACCCGAUCAUUCAAUCAUGGGCUGGUGAACACUAUGAUACUCUGACAUUGCCUUUGACAACAUCGAUUACAAUUGGCUAUCCCUCAAGUGCAUGGUUUGCUUCACUCUAUAUUGGCGCUAAUGAUCCUUGGUCAAUUGUCAGUCGAAUGAAUUUAGCCUUACGACCCGAUGGUUUAAUUAAUUCCAGUCCUGUUACAACUACAUUACCAGUAGUAUUUUAUUCAACAUUGACACCAAUAGUUCACAUUGUACAAAUGGCAGAUAACGAUGGCACUGAUAUAUUGAUAUGUCGUUGGUCCAAUUCGGCUUCUACAACCAAUUACAAUCGUUAUGAUGAAUGUGGUGGUAUUUGCAUGGGACUGCCGCCUUCCACUGUACUGAUCGGAUCCAGUUGCACGUUAUCUUUCACUUUACCAACUGCUAAUCUCUAUUAUGCCUGUGCACUGCAAAUCGAAGAUUUUUAUAAUACUUCCUCUACGACUCCAAUGAGUUCAGUUCCGAUACAAUUCUUAUUCUAUGCAUACAAUCCUUCCGCUAGUGCAUGUGCACAACGUCCCUCAAUCACCAGUGCCCGUCCAAACAAAGCUUGUAUUGGAAUUCCAGUUGGUGUUCAACUCAACGAAACUGUAAUUGCACAAACAUAUUGCCCUGGUCAAACAAUUGUCGAUUUUGUCACUAGUUCACCUAUUGGAAUGACACAUAGUGCUAUCAGUAAUCCAAGUUCUGGUACAUGGAUAAUGACGUUGACAUGGACACCUGUGUCAACACAAUCAGGUCCUCAAGGUUUUUGUGCUGGUGCCAUUGAUAAUAGCAGUCUACAGUCAGACCCAUGGUGUAUUACAUUUUCAGUUGGUUUUAUCUCGCCUGAGCUUAUUCAAAGUUCAGUUGCACCAAUGGGCAAUAUCUCCCAAAAUCAAACUGUUUUUUCGAUUCAAACCACAAUGGCAGCUAAGCGCCCGUCACGUAAUGGCACUUAUAUUCAUUUCACUGACUCUACUAAUAAUACAGUUGUUCAAAUAUAUGAUUGUAGUUCGGCACCACAAGUAACAUACAUAAAUUUCACAAUUGUUAUUCGCUUUCCAGUUGCACCAUGGAUUCCUGGACAUUCCUAUUUUGUUACAUUUGAUAGUGGUGUGUAUGAACUUUUUCUACGACAUUCUGUUUUUGAUUAG